CUCGAUUCGUCCGUGGAGUGUUUUGGGGGUGAGCCUCUCUCCGGAUAUUCACUGACUCCGACAUUGAUUCCGAGGAAGGGUUUCCGCGCCGCUGCGAUGAAGCGCACCGUGCCACGAAGCACUCUGAAGAACCUGAUGAAGAAGCACAAGCCCCAGCUCCGUUUGGGCGGCAACACCGACUUACUGGUACAUUUGAACUUCUUGUUGUUCCUGUUUCGGUUAGCAGAAGAAGCCAGGACCAAGGCUAUUGAAGAAAAGAGUAAAAUAAUUAAAUAUGAACAUGUUGUCUCUUCCGCAAAGAUAAUUUUAAAGAAGAGUCGAGGCUAAAGGAAAGAGUUCUUAAAUUCACUGACAUUCACAGAGUCUUAUACAUAAUGUAGUUUAGAUAUUUGUGUUUUGUAUAUAUUUUUUGCAUUAAAUAAUGUUUUAGAAAUAAAUCUCAAUUAAAUGUAGCUUUUGAUGAAAUUUAGUAAAUGAGUUAGUAAGAUCAACAUCAGUGACUGAAAUAGUUUAAAUAUUUAUUAUAAAAUAUUUCUUUUUUUUGUAAUGAUUAUAUAAGGUGCCUUAUCUGAGAUCUUUAAACAUAACCUUAACUGAUAGUCAAUAUGUAUUCCCACAAAUCUUUAAAAACCAAAAUGUUAUUAUUCGGAGGAUAUUUUUAAUGUGCAAAUUGUCUACUGUUUAUACCCUUUUAAACUCCUGAUCCUAAAUCACAUUUUAAAUAAAUAAUCUUUCAGCUAAGGAAAUAUUUGACUUUGUAGUCUUGUACUGGCAGACAGACUUUUAAAACACAAAAUUGUAAAUGAAAUAUAAAAAUAUUUCAAAUAUUACCAUUUGUAGUAAUAAGCUAUUAUAGACUGCAUUCUUCUCAUGUUAUUUUUUUCAUGUUUUUUGUUAUUUGUUGGACGAAAAAAAUAAAGUGAUAAACAAUCU